AUGUCGCCGGUGGAUCGAGUAUCCGGCAUCUUCAUGAACUGGCUGCGGGGGCCCGGCCUAUUUCCGCACCUCAUCAACCCCUACGAUCCAGAAAUUUACCCAGAAUGCGCCCUCAACCCCGACCAUUGUCUUGACCCGGCGCGUGUCAUCAUCGCCAGCCUGGUGGCCCACGUCCUCAUGCUGCUCCUGGCCUCGGCCAUACUUGAUCGUUACAAGAACUACCGCGCUCUCACUUGGCACAUGCGCGUGUAUUGGUGCAGCUCCUUGGUGAGCACGGCCCACGCCCUUGUCUCCGGCAUUGGGGGCAUGGUCUAUCUCUGGACUAGCCCCGACUUGUUGGAAACUUAUGUCAAACUCAGCCCCUGGAUGAACUUUUACUCGGCCUGGAGUGCUGGCUACUUCAUCUACGACAUGGCGCUCUGCCUGGCCAUGGCUCCAUUCAGCAAACCUUUCCGGGACCCAGCUAUGCUGGUGCACCACGUCAUGGGUGUCACAGGCUUCCUCCACGUCCUCAACCACCCCGUGGCUUGGAUGUGCGCCGUGGUCCUGGCCACCGAGCUCUCCACUCCCUUUGUCAACAUGCGCGUCAUCCUUGACGGCCUCGGCUACCGCGAUUCCUCGCUUUACCUCAUCAACGGCGUCCUGAUCGUUGCCACCUUUUUCGUCUUUCGCAUCGUGCAGGCAGGCUUCUACUACUGGUACAUCGUCUACCACCACAUUGACGAGAUUGUCGAGAAGGUGUCUUUUUGGCCCCGCAUGCACUUGCACGUCAACACCGUCGGUGCCACUAUUUUAAACAUCAUUUGGUUCUCCAAAAUCUUCCGCGGCCUUCUCAAGGUACUGCGUGACAGCCGUGCUAAGACCCAUGAAAAGUCCGAUUGA